GUUGUUGUUGUUUGAUUCAAUCACCAUCACCAUCAUCAUCAAUUAUUCUACAGCUAAUCAUUCAUUCAUUAAAAAUAUUCCAAUGUUUUCAACUAGACUAUAGAUAGAAAUUCGGUGUUCUUCUCUGUCGUUCAAUUUUCAUUCGUUCAAUUUUUCAAAUUCAAUCAUCAUGUCUUGUUUGGAUCCAACCGGAAGACGGCCAUCAAAAUUUCGAUGUUUAAAGGCAUUUUUCUUGACAUUUUUCGGCAUUUCUGGCACUCAAAUCUUACCGCUAAUGUUUCAUUUCAUACGUUUGGUAUCCUAUUUUCUAUUGGAUCGACAAACAUUUCCACCAAAACCAUUACCAAAAGGAAAUUCAUUAUUCGGUUUGGAAAUAUUUCAACAUGAUCUUAAUUUUGAUGAUAAUUCAUCAUCAGUUUAUACCGUACAAGUUAUUGUUGCCGCUAUAUUGGCCAUCAUUACUGGUGUUACUGGAUUUAUGGCCAUUUGUCGUGAAAAAUUAACAACAAUGAAAAUCUAUUCAUUCAUAAUGUUGUUGAUUACAUUCAUCACUGGAAUGGGUUCAUUCUGUUUACCGAAUCUAGUUACAUUGACAAAUAUUAUAUUACCAUUAUUGGGUGGUGGUGUAUCAUCAUUAUUGAGUUUUGUAUUCUCAUUACUUACACAGCAACAAUUGGACCAAGAACAUGCACCAUCGUAUCAGAAUUAUUAUCCAUAUAAUAAUCCAUAUAAUUAAUAUAUAUCGAAAACAAAACAAAACAAAAUUCAUCAUUCAAUCAUCAUUAUAUAUGUUAGUCUUGUUGUUGUUGUUCAA